AUGGCUCCAGCGAGUACUCUCCCACCUGGAUUUCGGUUCCAUCCAACAGAUGAAGAACUUGUUUCUUACUACCUAGAAAGAAAAAUAACAGGUCGCUCAAUAGAGCUCCAUAUAAUCCCUGAAGUUGAUCUAUACAAGCAUGAACCUUGGGAUUUGCCAGACAAGUCAUUCUUGCCAAGUAAAGAUAUGGAGUGGUACUUCUACAGUCCAAGGGAUAGAAAGUACCCAAAUGGUUCAAGAACUAACAGGGCCACAAGAUCUGGUUAUUGGAAAGCCACAGGGAAAGAUAGGCCAGUGAGUUCUCAAAAGCGAUCUGUUGGGGUGAAGAAGACGUUGGUGUAUUAUAGAGGUAGAGCUCCUCAUGGCAUAAGAACCAAUUGGCUUAUGCAUGAGUAUCGCCUCAUUGAUUCAGAACCAGCAAGUGUUUUCUCAUCUUUGAAGGAUUCAUACUCAUUGUGUCGCAUCUUCAAGAAGACGAUCCAAACCUCGGAAUCACCUAAAGAAAAAGACAAAGCUAAGGAAGCAAAGAAGGAAUCUGUAGGAUCAGCAGAAGAGGAAGAUGAUACAGUUGCAAAUUAUCAUCAUGAUCAUGCUAAUAAUAAAUUUCCUAAUUGUGAUGCUUCUUGUUCGGAUCUCACUCAAGGAACACAUACUGAAACUGGUAUGGUAGAUGAUUUUCAAGCACAAUUCACUUGUGAUGAAGCAAACAGCGCAGCUAAGAUCACGUAUUCUCAGCUGGGCAUAAUGGAGGACCCAUCAAAUCUGUUUCAGGAUAUGGAGGUACCUACUUAUGGAAGCAUGCAUGAUGAAGUUGCAGCAUACACAGUACCGUUGGAGCAUUUGGAGAUGGAAGAUUUGCCUCAAAUAAAAUUGCCAGAGACAAAACCAUCAUUAAUGAAGCCUGAAAUAAUUAGUGGCCAAUGCGUUUUAUAUGAUAAAUACAAGGACUGUACCUAUGGAACCCUAGAAGAGAUAAUCUCUCUGUGUUCCUCGACAUAUACACAAUUUUAA